AUGGCUGCUCCUCAAGACUCUGUCGCGACCUUCAAGCUGGUCCUUGUCGGUGAUGGCGGUACUGGAAAGACCACCUUCGUCAAGCGCCACUUGACUGGUGAGUUCGAGAAGAAGUACAUGGCCACCCUCGGUGUCGAGGUGCACCCUCUUGGCUUCUCCACCAACGUCGGCCAGAUCACCUUCGAUGUCUGGGACACCGCCGGCCAGGAGAAGUUCGGUGGUCUCCGUGACGGUUACUACAUCAACGGCCAGUGCGGUAUCAUCAUGUUCGACGUCACUUCCCGUAUCACCUACAAGAACGUCCCCAACUGGCACCGUGACCUCGUCCGUGUUUGCGAGAACAUCCCCAUUGUUCUCUGCGGUAACAAGGUCGAUGUGAAGGAGCGCAAGGUCAAGGCCAAGACCAUCACCUUCCACCGCAAGAAGAACCUGCAGUACUACGAUAUCUCGGCCAAGUCCAACUACAACUUCGAGAAGCCCUUCCUCUGGCUCGCCCGCAAGUUGGCUGGCAACGCCCAGCUGGAAUUCGUCGCUGCUCCCGCCCUCGCCCCUCCCACCGCCCAGGUCGACACUGAGCUCCUCAAGACGUACGAGGAGGAGAUGAAGGCCGCCGCCAACAUGCCCCUGCCCGGUGAGGAGGAGGAUGACGACUUGUAA